CUCACAUGCGCGAGGUUUUUGAAAAGGAAUGCGAGGACCACGAUACGUAACCCUUUCACUCCCCGCACAAUCGGCAAUCACGGGCAAGUAUACAUAUACCCCCGAACUGUAUUUUUAAAUACUCGCCUUUCUAUUCCUUUGGAUACACAACUCAAUUUUUACACCUAUGCCUGAACAAAAGACCGCAGUCAUCACCGGUGCCUCCUCUGGUAUCGGGUACGCCGCCUCCAUCGAAAUGGCUAAAAGAGGCUACCAAGUCUAUGCCUGUGCCAGAAGAUUGGAGCCAAUGGAGGAAUUAAAGAAAUACGGUGUCAAGACCUUCACUUGCGAUGUCACCGAUUUGGAAAGCGUCAAGAAAGCCAAAGCUUAUAUCGAAAAGGAGACCAACGGUAAACUUGACGUGUUGUACAACAACGCCGGCCAGUCUUGCACCUUCCCAGCGAUCGAUGUUACCGACGAGCAAGCAUUGCAGUGUUUCCAAGCCAAUGUUCUUGGCCCGGUUAGAAUGACACGUGAGUUCUCUUCGCUUUUGAUCGAAGCCAAGGGUAUCAUCGUCUUCACUGGCUCUAUUGCGGGCAUCAUGCCAUUCCCAUGGGGCUCUAUUUACGGUUCUACUAAGGCUGCAAUCCACCAGUUUGCGGCUGUCUUACACUUGGAGAUGAAACCAUUCGGUGUUAGGGUGCUCAAUGUGAUUACCGGGGGUGUCAAGACGAAUAUCGCUGACACCAGACCUUUCCCAGAGACCUCUGUCUAUGCCUGUCCCGAACUUGAUGCUUCGCUUAUCGAGAGAAGACAGAUGGCUGCCAAGAACAAUCCGGUAUCGGCCGAGGCUUACGCCAAGAAGGUGGUUGACGAUAUUGAGUCCAGCAGCAACAGACUCAACGUCUACAGAGGGACCAUGGCUACUAUUUUGCCAACUCUUAUGGCGAUCAUUCCAAGAUUUAUCAUUGAAAAAUUCUUUUCCGUCAAGUUCAAGUUGUUACCACUCUGGGCCGCCCUCCAGAGAAAAUCUUCCAAAAAGACGGAUUAGCUUAUGUGGAUGACCUCCGUUUGUGGAAAUGCAUGUUAUAGGUACCAAAACAUCGGAGUUAUAUGUAAUGUUGUUCAAACUUUCAGUCCACGGAGGGUAUAUUAUCUCAGAUUUUUUUUUGUUUUUAUGCUACGCAAGCAUAAGCAUUGUAAGUGCUCCAUGUAGUGUUAUAUAUAGGUCACAUAAAUUCUCAGCUUGUCCAAUACGGAUAAAGUUAUUUGGCAUAUAGUGACGAGCCGUUCGAGAAUUAUACAAGAUUUUUCG